UUUGUGCUCAUUCUCUUACUAGAAAUAUAUAACUUUAUAUAUCUUUAAUCCCAUGCCAGACUCGUGUGUUUCUAAUUUCUUGGUACUUCGUCAAUUGGCGGUGAUUGUUUCUCUGGAAACUCCACUAUCUCUGGCCUAGUUUUCUUAAGUUCUAUGUACUAUUAGAAGCACUUUAGUCAUUUUCUUUUGCAUCACAAAGUUUCUUUCUCCACUUUAUUGUUUGUUUUCUUGCAUUGUGGUUUUGUUUGUGGAGUUUGAGAAGUCUGUCUCAAUGGACAAGUCUAAUGGGAAUGUGUUUGAGCUUAAUGUGAAGCAAGGACAGCCUACGUUGGUUCCUCCCGCAGAGGAGACAAAGAAGGGUCUGUACUUCCUAUCAAACCUUGAUCAGAACAUAGCUGUAAUAGUUCGUACUAUAUACUGCUUCAAGUCAGAAGAGAAAGGGAAUGAGAAGCCCGGGAAAGUCAUCAGAGAAGCCUUAGAGAAGGUUCUUGUUCACUACUAUCCACUUGCUGGGCGACUAACGAUUAGUCCGGAGGGAAAGCUCGUGGUGGAUUGCACCGAAGAGGGUGCUGUUUUUGUUGAGGCCGAGGCAGACUGCAAAAUUGAAGAGAUUGGAGACAUAACAAAACCUGAUCCUGUGACUCUUGGAAAGCUGGUUUAUGAGAUUCCGGGUGCAAAGAACAUACUAGAGAUGCCUCCUCUGGCGGCUCAGGUGACCAUGUUCAAAUGUGGAGGAUUUGUUCUAGGGUUGUGCAUGAACCAUUGCAUGUUUGAUGGGAUUGGUGCCAUGGAAUUUGUGAACUCAUGGGGCGAAACAGCCAGAGGCUUGCCACUAAGUGUCCCUCCGUUCCUUGACAGAAGCAUACUCAAAGCUCGGAACCCACCCAAAAUAGAGUAUCAGCACCAUGAAUUUGCAGAGAUUGAAGACUUGUCAAGCACCGGUGAGCUUUACAAAGAUGAAAUGCUUUACAGGUCGUUCUGUUUCGAUUCCGAGAAGCUUGAAAAGCUCAAGAAAAAAGUCCUGGAAGACGGGAUUCUUGAAAAAUGCACUACUUUUGAAGCUCUCUCGGCUCUUGUAUGGAGAGCUCGAACUCAAUCACUGAAGUUGUUGCCCAAUCAACAGACAAAACUCCUAUUCGCUGUCGAUGGAAGAUCCAAAUUCAGCCCACCACUACCAAAAGGCUACUUUGGCAAUGGUAUUGUGUUAACAAAUUCCUUAUGCCAAGCAGGUGAACUACUAGAGAAUCCACUAUCAUAUGCUGCGGGGCUAAUUCAGAAGGCAAUUAAGAUUGCAACCGACAGUUACAUGAGAUCGGCCAUGGAUUAUUUUGAAGUAACAAGAGCUAGGCCUUCUCUGGCUUCUUCCCUUCUGAUCACGACUUGGUCUAGGUUAGGUUUCCACACUACAGAUUUUGGAUGGGGAGAGCCUAUCCUAUCUGGACCCGUUGCUUUACCGGAGAAGGAAGUCAUAUUGUUCUUAUCUCAUGGAAUUGCCAGGAAAAACAUCAAUGUACUUCUCGGUUUGCCUGCUUCUGCCAUGAAGAUAUUCCAAGAACUGGUAGAGAUAUAGAGAUUGGAGAUAUCAAAGAGAAAUAAAGUAACUAAAUAUUAGAACUCCUACAACAGCCAUGUAUAUGCUAUAUAUGAUCUUUUGAAGUAGGGUUCCUUUGUCUUGGAUUUUGUAUUUUUAUUUUAUUUUUCUUUUUCUUUUUCUUUUCGAGAAAUUGAAGAAAAUCUAUGAUUUGGCAUUGCCUAACAAA